UUACUCAUCACCACCAGUCAGUCGCUCGUUGAACGGUCUCGCUGAACGUUUAAACACCCUCAAUCCGCGUGUGUCACCGGUCUGUUUCGCCAAGGGCGUACGCGUGCGAGUUUGUUUCACCGAAUUCGAAUUGGAAACUGGCUGCGUUGUAGCGCCACUGACUGCGUAGGUUAACGGCUGGUUGGCCCUGAACCCACACCCGCUCCCAAACAAACGGGUGCUUGCGGGUGCGGUGGCCUGUUGGUGCAACACAAAACCGUGUACAAAUAUUGUACGUACUGCAGUUGUUGCAGUUGGAGUGAAGUGCGUCAAAAAUAAACACUAAGAGAGUUUUUGUGUGCUUUAAAAAAUCUCGUGAAUCGUGGAUGUGGUGCUAAAGUUAACUUUUAAAGAAGGGAAAAUAAAUGGAAAUAGGGGGAAAUAGAAGGAGAUAGAGAGCGAGAUGGAUUAUAAGUGGAAAUAGUUCUUAGCUAGCAACAAAGCGAGGCAAAAAAUACAUAAAAGGGACAUCCCCUUUAGGUAAAGCGUGCAAAAUCCUUAGAAGAGUAGAAGGCAAAACUUUGUGCAAACAUUUUCGCGUAUCCCGUUCUCCAUAUCUUCUUGCGUACACUUCCAGAAGUGCUACCAGAAGCGUAAGAGUGAAAGAGAGAGAGCAAAAAACAGGUAGUUCCUUCCAGCGAUCAGUGUGAAAAAUAUGAAUUCCAACGCCGUCGCACUGCUGCUGUUCGUGGCAUUGGCCGUCUGCAUCGGGGACAGUGCCGAAAUUCCGCCCCUACCGGUACAGGACGACCAAACGGCCGGCGCAUCGUCAGCGGAACCGGAAGAAUCUUAUCUAGGGGUAAAGCUGUACAAAAUGGAGCGACCGUGCGCAAUGCUGGGUGGGAUGUGCGUGCAGACGAGCGAGUGCAAGCAGCGGCCAGCCAACAGUGGACUGUGUCCGGAAAAUACCCACCUGGGCGUUGAUUGCUGCUAUGAAGGUAGGCUUUAUCGGUGCUUUAGUUCUCGAACAAUCGCCGUUGCAAAAAUUGGUUUUUGUGUUGUGAUUGUGUUGUUAAUUGUUUUGUUUUUGCUUUCCGUUUCAGUAAAACCCGCAAGCAACCUCACCUGCCACGAGUACCGCGGCGCUUGUAUGGAGCGAUGCGCCGAAGAGCUACAGCGCCCGUCCACCGAUUGUACCGAUGGGAGCAAGUGCUGCGUGCUGGUCGCAUAAGCUUUUUGUUGUUUGCUGUAAACCAUAGAAUGGUUCGCAUUUUUACUCGAUACCUCCCGAAAGAACAAAGAGAAAAGAAAGAGAAGUAUAAAAAAAUGGGACACCUCUCUUCUCGGGGUGGGUUUUCGGGUAAAAAUCGAACCAUUUCCAAAUCGUAUCUCGUUGACCUCGUAGAGCAGCAGCAAGCAUUGUUAGCAGUAAAUCAUAUCAAUCAGAAGCUAUUUAAAUAAACGAUUCGUAAGUAAAGCACAA